AUUCCCAGUUGAUUCACGGAAAUCAAUCAAUGAUAUUUGAAAAACUAAAAACUCUUCAAUACCAUUUUGUGGAUCCUAACACCAAGGUUGUGAAUUUUUCGAUCCAUUUCUUUUCAUUCAUUAUUUUGUGAUAGCAUUCUUUUCAUUCUGUAAUUAAGAUUAAACACUACCCACUCUAUUAUAACCAACCAAAUUGAUACCAACUAAAUUGGUAUAAAACAAUAACAACAACAACAACAACAACAACAACGACAACAACAAAAACCAAAAUGGCAAUAAAUCAUCAUUAUAAAUCCAUAUGGAUACGAUUACUAUUUAUUCUGCUGAUAUUUUUAGCAUCAUUUUUUUGGCUAUUGUUUCUUGUUCAAGUGGCUAGACCGGAUAUUAAUUUGAAUAUCGGUGAUAAAAAACAAAAAAUCAGUUAUGACGAAGAAUUUUUACAUGAUGAUCAAAAAACGAAUCAAGAAAUGUCGGACAUCUUAAAGAAUAAACCCAAUGAUGAAGAUUCAAGAAUUUCAUUUCCAAGUAACAUUGAACAAUUAAAACGAUUAGCCCGUAUAUUAUCAUUAUAUUCACAAACUCAUUCACAAUAUGUUUUCAUAUUAUUCUGUUCGGCCUAUAUAUUUAAACAAACAUUUGCCAUACCUGGUUCAGUUUUUCUGAAUCUUCUUGCCGGUGCCAUUUAUGGUACAUGGAUCAGUUUUCCACUUUGUUGUCUACUAUCAGCUAUUGGAGCAACAUGCUGUUUUUUUCUAUCCAAAAUGGCUGGCCGUCAUUUAUUGGAACACUAUUUUCCGGAAAAACUUAAUUAUUUCCGCCAAAAAUAUAUUGAACAACAACGUCAUCAGGAAAAUCUUUUCUUGGUACUAAUUUCACUACGGCUAUUUCCUAUGACACCAAAUUGGUUUCUUAAUAUUGCCUCACCAAUAGUCAAUGUUCCUUUACAUUUAUUCUUCUUAUCUGUAUUAAUCGGCUUAAUGCCGUACAAUUUCAUUUGUGUACAGACCGGAUCGAUAUUAUCGCAAAUAAAUUCAAUGGACGAUGUGUUUACAAUAAAAACAUUCAUUGCAUCAUUAUUCGUAGCCAUCGUUGUUGCUAUACCAACCUUAUUGACCAAAAAAAUUCGACCACCGAUCAUGUCCACGGCCAACAGCAAUCAUUUGGAUAGAUCGAAACCAAAAUCGAAUCAAAACUAAAAAAAAAAUCCCACUAAAUAAGACGAUGAUAAUAAAAAAAAAUGCUGCAAUUG